GGGCUGCGCACAUGCGCAUGUCAUCUAGCGACACCCAUUGGCGCGCGCAGGCGUCUCGUGGUGCCUCUUUCUUCUGAAAACUCUGUAGCAAUCCGUGCUCCCUGCACUGCCAUUAUGAUCAUACUUUUCCUAACGCUGUUUGCGAAUGUUUUCAAGACCGGAUGGACCGGUCCGAACGAGCGCACGUUUAUAGCAGUGAAGCCGGAUGGUGUUCAGCGCAGACUGGUGGGUGACAUCAUCCGCCGCUUUGAACGCAAGGGCUUCAAACUGGUCGCAAUGAAGUUCCUGCAGGCAUCUGAGGAGCAGCUCAGACAGCAUUACUGGGAUCUGAGGGAGAAACCUUUCUACAAUGGCUUGGUCAAAUACAUGAGCUCUGGACCUGUUGUAGCUAUGGUGUGGCAAGGGUUGGAUGUGGUAAAGACGUCCAGAAAGAUGCUCGGAGAGACAAACCCUGCAGAUUCUCUACCAGGCACUAUCAGAGGAGACUAUUGUGUGGAAGUUGGCAGGAAUGUCAUCCAUGGCAGCGAUUCAGUUGAAAGUGCUCAGAGAGAGAUCUUACUAUGGUUCAAGCAAGAUGAACUAAUUUGCUGGGAAGAGUGCAGUGAGCACUGGAUCUAUGUUUGAAAAUGAACUGCAUCAAAACUGAAAUCCUGGCAGUAGGAUACAUACUCCUAAUAGUUUAAGUAUACGCAUAAGCCGUCAAUUGACCAAAAUACUUAAAGUAGUUGCAGCUUUUUCAAUACUAGCUAGUGGUUUUUGGUUUAGGUAAAGGUGCUGAGCGUUUUUAGUUAAGCUGCUUUGAACGUAAAGGGAUUUUGUCUUUUGCUUUUCUUUGCUCAUGCUGCUAUUUGUUCAUCAUCGCUAACAUUUCACUUCAUGACUCUAUGCUCUUAUUGGUCAGUCAUGCCCUUAAAGGAACCUUGAAUGCACUGUUUUGACGUUUUCAAUACUUGAAAUGUUUACAGCCACUUAAGGACAAUGUUUACAUUUUUACAUCCAACAGGUCAUACUCCUUGUCAUCUUUAUGCAAUACACAUAAUAGCAAUAAUGAAUGAAUAUCCCUAUAAUGUUUUGUCUUAUCUUAGUUUUGUGGUUGGAACUCAUGACCAAAGGGGCCUCACAUCAUAAAUAAAUUAUUCAUUUGUA